CUUAUUUCUAUUCCCAGUUCUUCCUGCCUGAUCUCGUCUGCUCCCUACAGCCACCAACACCGCUGCCUCUGCUCUCUCCUCCUACCGAAUCAGUUGCACCGGGAUCUACUGAUAUCGUUAAAAUGGCCGAGUCAAUUACCAGCCUCCCGGACAGCCGCCCCACCGGCGGCCGCAAGAACAGCACCAGCAAAGACCACCCAGAGGACGAGCUGGACUCCUCCGCCCCUUCUGCAGCCGAGAACCUCCCGGCGGACCCCCCUGCCGCUGCCGCCGCUGCCGCCGCCGCUGCCGCCACCAACACCACAUCCCAGGGCCUGGUGCCGAACAGCGGGAUGAAGGCGCCCGGGCCCACGCAGGAGGAGGACGGCAAGGAGAGUCUCCGGAUCCGGAUCCAUUUAAAUCUCCACGCAAAGGUCAAGUUGGAGUUGGAUGCGCAGCUGUAUGGGGAUGUUGUGAUUGGGUUGUUGUGAUUAUCUUUUCUGGGCGGGUGGGGGUGGAUAUGGAUGUAUAUAGUUUGGGUUGGUUUUGGUGGUGAGUUGGGUUGGGACUGGGAAUGGGGGUUGAUUAGGGUGGGGGAAAUGGGUUCCGAGAUUGGUUUGAGGUUGAGGUUAUUUUGAUUUUUUGGGGGGCUUUGUGGUUUACUUGGUUUACUUGAUUUAUUUCGGGACCUGGGCGUGUUGGGUUGUUUGUGCAUGGUGUUGGCUGAUGGUGAUGUUUGCUGGGGAAGGGAGCGGGAAGUGUAGUAUAAUGAUACUUCCAGUGUAG